AUGUCUACUUCUAAACAAAAGCGUCAAGCAAAGAAAGCGGCCAAGGCAGCUGCCCCCAAAAGUACUGCUAACGGUACCUCGACUGUAAAUGAAACAUCUGAUGCUACAGGACUAUCGCUGGAUUCAUUGAAAAUAUCUAGCGAAAGAACUGCUACUGGUGUAUUAGAAUCACACCCGCUGUCUCGAGAUGUAAAGAUUGGGCAGUAUUAUUUAUCCUUUUUUGGUAGAGUGCUGAUUGAAAAUGCUACAAUCGAGUUGAACUUUGGCCGGCGAUAUGGGCUUAUUGCUCAAAAUGGGGCUGGGAAAAGUACAUUCCUGGCUUCACUCGCUGCAAGAGAAGUUGAGAUACCGACACACAUCGAUAUUCAUUUGUUAAACCAUGAGGCAGAGCCAUCUGACGUAAAUGCUACAGAAUAUGUUGUAAAAGCAGCGAAAGAGGAAGUCCAACGUCUCGAGCGAGAGCUUGAGGAUAUACUUGCCACGGAAGAUGGAGCAGAUGAUCCUCGACUUGAGGAUUUAUACGAUCGAAUAUCUGCUUUAGAUGAAUCUACUUUUGAGUCACGCGCGGCUAGCCUCCUCAAUGGUCUUGGCUUUGCUCAAGAGAUGAUGAAAAAAAAGACGAAAGACAUGUCUGGUGGUUGGAGGAUGAGGGUUGCACUUGCAAAGGCUCUAUUUAUUCGGCCUACCUUGUUGUUGCUCGAUGAACCAACCAACCACUUGGAUUUAGAAGCUUGUGUUUGGUUAGAGGAAUAUCUCAAAAACUAUAACCGUAUAUUGGUUAUCGUCUCACAUUCACAGGAUUUCUUAAAUGGUGUUUGCACGAAUAUUAUACAUCUCAACCAACAACGUAAACUGAUUUAUUAUGGUGGAAACUACGAUACGUACGUACGCACGAGGAUAGAACAGGAAACAAAUCAAAUGAAAGCCUACAACAAACAACAAGAUGAAAUAGCACAUAUUAAGAAAUUUAUCGCCUCAGCCGGUACCUACGCCAACUUGGUCAGGCAAGCCAAAAGUAAGCAGAAGAUUAUCGAUAAAAUGGAAGCAGCUGGUCUUGUAGAGAGG